AUGGCGCCAAAGAGACCACGCGACAACGCGGAUGACCAGGCACCUGGCAGUCACAAGAAACGAAAAGGAUUUUCUGUCGGGCCUGCCAAUCUUCCGGACGGCACAUAUAGAAGAAAAGGACCCAGUCGUGCUGAUGAGUUCUUCUUUCGACCUGCAGUGCAAAAAAUCAAAACCGACCUCAUCCACAAAGCAAAGGUUAAAAAAUCCUACGCAAAAAUAAAAGCACAAGAGCUCGCAGCUACCCAGGCAAAGUCCGUCUACGACCGAGAACCUAAAGAUGAAAAGGACCCCGACGAACCGGGCGUGGACGUAAUUCCAGCUCCGUCCCUGGAGCUGCAUCCAGACCGGCAGGCGAUGUUGGAUACACGCGAGGAGGAGUCUAAGAAUCUACUGCAGGACCAGGAAGGCGUCAAAGAAAGGCCGCGGCGCAGAGAGCGGCGGCCUAAACCUCUGCCGUUUACGAAAGAAAUGCAGUUCGCCCAAAAAAGAAAAGAGGAAGCCGAAGCUAGGGCGAAGUUGAGAGAGGCAAAGGCAAAAGAGCGCGAAGCGAUGAUGAGAGCGAAAAGGCCAGACCAAUUUGGAAAACAGCGAUUGGGCCGCCAGAGUAAGGUCCUACUGGAGAAGGUGAAGCGGAUAGUCGGAGAGCCAUAG